AUGAGGAAAACAAGGAAUAUUUUAAGCAUUGGUCUGAUUUUGUUGAAUACCAUUUAUGUAAAUCUAAUACGAGGUGAUUUGCCAUCACAUGUAGAAAUAAGAAACAUAUUAGGAAAAUGGAAAAUAUAUAAAACCCAAACAUCUCCCACAAUGACUACGUGUGGAUCAAGUCAACCCAAUAGCAAUUCUCUCAAUGUGAAAAUUACAGAUUAUAAGAAAUAUUUACUUGAUAACCACUACAAAUUUACAGAAGAAUUUCAUGUGAUUUUAUCAGAUGACUUUGUACAUUAUGGUGAUAUAUAUGACACAACCGGCAAUGAACAUCGAAAAAAUUGGAACGUUUUGGUUGUCUAUGAUGAAUAUAAGAAAAGAAUUGGUACUUGGACAACCAUAUGUGAUGAAGGGUUUGAAAUAAGAUUAGGUAAUGAAGUAUAUACAGCAUUUAUGCAUUAUGAACCAACAGGAAAUUGUGAUGGAAUUAGGGAUGAUGAUUGUACAGAUUCGAAUGGAAACACGGAUUGUUAUGUGACAAAUUUUAAUAAAAUUAGAUUCGGAUGGGUAGAUAUAUCAAAAAAGGAAGGUGAAAAAUUGUAUGGUUGUUUCUAUGCUGAAAAGGAUCAUAAAACCGGAGAAAAGAAUAAAGACAUUGCUAGUAAUAAUAAUCAACCUAAGGAGCCUGUGAUAAAAUCAGAAAAAGAAGCAGUACAAUACAACAAUUCGGUUCACGUAGAAAUGAAUAAGGACUCUGCAAAUAAUGAGACAAAUAUUGAUAGUUCAUUAAAUGCACACAAUUUUUUACAGAACUCAAAAUCCCGUGACACAACGAUAUUCAGUCCUGUUAAUAAACCAACAUAUACGAAAAAAAAAAAUAUGAAAAUAAAUGAAAAUAGUGAAUUAUAUUGGCAUAAAAUGAAACACCAUGGGAAGAAAAAACCAAUAACGAAAGAAAUGGUCAUGAAUUCGAGACAGAGAUAUGCAUGUCCAUGCAAUAAUGAUGAACAGGUAGAUGAUGUUAUAAACAAUGGAGGAGAUAGUCCAGAUAAACCAGUUUCACCAGUAACACUUGUGCAGUUAGGAAGUAAUAGCAAUGAUAGCCAAACGAAUGAAAUGGAUUUAGAAAAUUAUGAAGACACAGAAAAAUCGCCACAUAGAGAACUAGAAAUAUAUGAACUUCCAAAAAAUUUCACUUGGGGAGAUCCAUUUAAUAAAAACACAAGAGAAUAUGAUGUGACCAAUCAAUUGUUAUGUGGUUCUUGUUAUAUUGCAUCCCAAAUGUAUGUAUUUAAAAGAAGAAUUGAAAUAGGACUUACAAAAAAUUUAGAUAAAAAAUUUUUAAACAAUUUUGAUGAUGUUUUGUCUAUGCAAACAGUUCUUUCUUGUUCAUUUUAUGAUCAAGGAUGUAAUGGUGGAUAUCCAUAUUUAGUUUCAAAAAUGGCAAAACUUCAAGGAAUUCCAUUGGAUAAAGUGUUCCCAUACACAGCUACAGAUGAAACAUGUCCGUACCAUAUAAAUAAAUCUUAUGAUUUGUCAGAAGCUGAUAAAAAAAAAGAUUCUUCAAAUAAGAAAGGAGGAGAAGUAGUAGCACCAACUCCUACGACCAAUCUGAGACAAAUAAACGCAGUAAUGUUCAACAAAAACAAGAAGCAUUAUGAUAUGCAUGAACAUUUUUCUAAUUUCAUAAAUGAUGAUCCAGAUAAAUGGUAUGCAAAAGAUUACAAUUACAUUGGAGGUUGUUAUGGUUGCAAUCAAUGUAAUGGAGAAAAAAUUAUGAUGAAUGAGAUGUAUAGAAAUGGCCCUAUUGUUGCUUCUUUUGAAGCGUCCCCAGAUUUUUAUGAUUAUGAAGAUGGAGUUUAUUACGUAGAAAAUUUUCCACAUGCAAAGAUAUGUACGGUAGAUAGUAAGAAGGAGAACUAUAUUUAUAAUAUCACAGGUUGGGAAAAGGUAAAUCAUGCUAUUGUAUUAGUUGGUUGGGGAGAAGAAGAAAUCAAUGGAAAACUAUACAAGUAUUGGAUUGGUAGAAACAGUUGGGGAAAAACUUGGGGAAAGGAAGGAUAUUUCAAAAUUAUCAGAGGUAUCAAUUUUAGUGGUAUUGAAAGUCAGUCACUUUUUAUUGAACCAGAUUUUACUCGAGGUGCAGGAAAGGUUCUUUUGGAAAAACUGAAGAAUGAGUGA